AUGCGAAGAGAAUCGCGGCUGAGUCUUGUCACAGGGCAGCUCCGGAAACCAGAGGAAAUGAGGGGGCUGGCGGCUGACGGGGAGAGGGCGCCAAGCUCUCCCGGCCAGGGUGUGAGCCUGGCCCCCCUCCCCGUCUGUGAACGGCCACCUCCGGACAGACCCGUCCCCACGUGGGUGUCACCACGGGGCGGGAAAACGGACGGCAGCCUGAUAAUAAGCCAGGCGCCCGCGCCUGUCGGACUGUCUGAAAAACAAAAGGCGCUGAGGUCUCCCCAAAGGUCAAGCCCGCCUGUCUCGGGAAGCGGGGAGCGGGAGGCCCCACCCUCGCCCGCUGCCGCCGCCGCCCCACCUGUCCCGUCUGUCUCGAGGGUGGCCUGUUUCCUCCUGAAAUUUUCGCUGAAUCAGACGCUGCAGCCGCUCAGCCCUCCCUCUGACGACGGCCCGGCUGCCUCGCAUCCUCAGGGGGAGCCGUUCGAGGGGGUGGCGUUUCCUUCAGGAGAGCGGGUGUUCGUGGAGGGGCCGGGGUCCUCGGGGCGGCCGCGCUGGGAUCCGCCCAGCACCGUGGCCUGGCGGGGGCAGCCGGCACCCUCUCUGCUAGGCUCAUCCCGCACCGUCUCGCCCGCUAAAAUGGUCCCCACGUGGUCCGUUCAUGCCGGGAGAGGAACAGACGCUGUGCAGGUGCGCCUCCGUCUACCUGGACGUCGCGUUGGAGCCUCUCAAGCCCGUCCUCCCCAGCUCAGGCAUCUCCUCCUCUGGCAGCCCGUGCCGGCCCUCAGCAGGUCGGAGUUGGCCCCAGAGCACCCGUGUCCCGGGGACAAAGCCCCAAGGAGGAACGGGACGUGGCGCGUCCAGUAA